GUUCAGGCUUGCAGCAGCGGGCAGACUGACGGUCUGAUCCGGUCCAAUGCGUCCGGUCUGUCCGGUGAAACAUCUCGGAGACGCCGGAGAGACGCGGAGAGACGGACAGAGACACGGACAGGGAGGAGGAGAGAGAGCUGGUCGGGAGACCACCGGAGUGAGCGGGGACUCCCCGGCUGGACCUUCAUGUCCCCCCUCUCCACCGGCACCAAGGUUUCCACUUCCUGUGACAUCAUCGCACCAUGCCUGAGGGGUCGCGGCGCGGCAGUCAGAGAUCGCCUAGCAACACAGCCGCCAACGUCCCUCCUCAGUCUCGUCUCUGAGUGGGAUGUGGGGUAGGAUGAUGUCAUCAGGGGAGCGAGCAGCGUCCUCCUCCUCGUGCACCUCCGUCAACACCGUCUGCUCAGAUGGCGAGCGCCCCGCCUCGCUCUCCCUCUCCUCCUCCGCCUCCUCCGUCUCCCUGCAGGACGCCUCCCACUCCUCCUCCUCUUCCUCCUCCUCGUCCUCGCUGCCGUACGGCGCCGUGCCGACCUACAACGCCUCCUCGUCCUCGUCCUCGUCCUCCACGCCGAAGAGGAACGGCUCCGACAUCAGCCUGGACCUCACGCCGCUCGUCACGCCACAGGGGAGUGUAGGAGGAGUUGCCAAGGUGACUGGGAGGCCACGGACAUGCAGCCAAUCCUGUGGCGGCGGCGGUGGCCAUGCCCAGCAGCUGUCCCGGCUGGAGAGAGGUUGCGCUGGAGAUCGUAGAGACGGAACAAGCCUACGUCAGAGAUCUGAAGAGUCUGGUGGAGGACUAUCUGGGCUGUAUAAUCGACUGUGGAGCUCUGCCACUGAAGCCGGAGCAGGUCAGCACUCUGUUCUGUAACAUCGAGGACAUCUACGAGUUCAACAGUGACCUGCUGGAGGACCUGGAGAGAAGCCCGCAUGCUGCUGCCAUCGCCGAGUGCUUCGUGGAGAGGAGUGAAGCCUUCGACAUCUACACACUCUACUGCAUGAACUACCCCAAUUCGGUGGCGGUGCUGAGGGAAUGCAUGAAAAACGAGUGCCUGGUUCGCUUCUUCCAGGAGAGACAGACAACGCUGAACCAUUCUUUGCCGUUGGAGACAUACCUACUCAAACCAGUCCAGCGAAUCCUGAAGUACCACCUACUACUACAGGAACUGUCCAAGCACUUCGAUAAGAGCGACCCUGGAUAUGAGGUUGUCGAGGAUGCCAUCAUCACCAUGACAGCAGUUGCCUGGUACAUCAAUGACAUGAAGAGGAAACAGGAACAUGCUGUACGACUACAGGAAAUAGAGUCCCUCCUGGUGAACUGGACCGGACCGGACCUCAGCGGGUUCGGAGAGCUGGUUCUGGAAGGUUCCUUCAGAGUCCAGAGGGUGAAGAAGGAGAGAGCUUUCUUCCUGUUUGAUAAGAUGCUGCUGAUCGCCAAGAAGAGGCUGGAACACUUUGUCUACAGCACACACAUAUUUUGCUGUAAUCUGUUGUUAGUGGAGACCCUGAAGGAUCCUCUGUGCUUCAAAGUGUCAGACCAGACGAUUCCCAAACAGCAGCACGUCGUGCAGACGAAGAACCAGGAGGAGAAGAGGCUGUGGCUUCAUUACCUCAAGAGGCUGAUAGUGGAGAACCAUCCUGCCUCGCUACCCCAGAAGGCGAGGCAGGUGCUGGGAGACAACUUCUGCCAAUCUCCUCAGUUUGACCAGGAGAACCUGAAGAAGUCGUCCGCCUCGCCACGACUGGACGACAUCCAGGCAUAUCACCGCGGCCGCCGCCAGUCAGAGCCGCCGGAGCUGCUGACGUUCACGCCCGAGAAAACCAGGAAGAGUCUGCCUCUGCUGCUGGAGGGGAACAUGUACAGACGCACCAGGAGGCAGUCAGCUCCUGCCAAAGACAUCGAAGCGGCGUUUCAUCCCAACGCAGCUUUGAAGCAGGCGGGCAGCGAAGGCGAGCUGUGCCCAGCUGACAGCCUGGGCUCAGCGGGCAGCAGCAGCACGCUGGCAUCGUCCGUCAUCGAGGUGGAGGCCGAGCGCGGUGAGCUGGACCCGACCCCCCCGAGACCGGGCCGGGACCACGGCAAGGAGGAGGAGGAAGAGGAGGAAGAGGAGCUGCCCCCCCUCAGCCCCCCUCCCACCCUGUCCAUCACCGAGGAGAUCCUGCAGUUCAUCAACCAGAGCAGAGCCAGGGAGGGGCUGACCACCAUACACACUGAGCUGGAUCAGCCAGCACAGAGCUCGCCUCCAUCCAGCCAGACCAAUUUCACCUGCCCGCUGCCCCCGGUCGCCUGCCCGCCAAGCCCAGAGCAAGAACCCACAAUGCAACAUGAGCAGGAUGAAGCCAAGGUGGAGGACAACAGCCCCGAGCAGAGCCAGAAUGAUGGCUCCAGAGAGGAAGAAGGAGUGGAAAAUGAAAGAACUAGAAAUGGAGUCCAAGAAAUUUUGGAGGAGACAGUUCAAGUGGGGGAGAGAGUUGAGUUGGCUCAAGAGGUAGAGGGAGUAAAGAUGGACAGCAGGGAGGAAAAAGAGGAAGAAAUAAGGGAAGAAGGUGCCAAGGAGAGUGCCGACAUCCCAACGCCUGUGUCUUCCCCUCUACUCAUCUCAGAUCUUCAUUCCCCCAUCCCGACAGAGAAAGAAAGGGAGCCAGGUGGCGUUUCUGACUCACCUGUGGGGGAGGCAACUACAGAGGCUGCCUCCUCGCGGGGCCCAGCGCUCCUUCAUCGCCCCGUCCAAAGCCCCUCGGCACCGAAAACAUUCUCACAACUCACCAAGAGCGACAGGAGGAUCAUAGAGAAGAUCAGGAGUUACUACAAGGCAGCAGCCGAGGCUGAGGAGGAGGAAGAGGGUGAAGAGGAGGUGGAGGUGGAGGCAUCACGGAGACGCAACAGUUUUUCACAAAUCCCCUCGGGCUUGGUGAAGGAGUCGGUGUCUCGCUUUGAUGUGUGCGGACACCAAGGCGAGCCAGAGAGUGAACGACCUGUGUGUGAAACAGACGACACAGGUGACAGAGGGACAGAUGGAGAGGUAAAGCCCUCUUCACCCAUUAGCCCUACCUCUGUUCCAUCUCCACUGUCACUGGAGAGACAGGGUGAUGGACAGGCUAAUAAACCAAUCAGCUCCAUGGAUGGAGAGGCAGAGGGGCAAAGUGAUUUGGUUAAGUCUACAAGCUCCUCUGCAGUUGACGGCGGGGAGAAUCAAAGCCAAGUGGGAAAGAUUCUGCAGUCAAAUCCAAGUGGACCUGUUGGCAAGGAGAUGGAGACUUUGAACAAAAAUGGAAAUGUUUGCAUGGAGGGGGUGAAGCAGAGAGAGAAGGGAAGAUGGGAGGAGAGAGGAGAGGAGAAAACAAGUGCUACUGCUGCUACUGAAGUGGGAAAUCCACCACAGCAUACCGAACACCAAGAGGGAAUAUUCAUAAUCAAAGAGGACAAACACAGGGACGAAACAACCAGAACCAGCGCUGGAAACCAACCUGUUAUGAAUGGGCAUAGGCCAAACCAUGCAGGGCCAGCAGAACCCAAAGGAAACCUCAAAGAACCCGCUACAGCUCUGCCACCCUCAGACCAGCACCAGAAAACUGAGACCAAAACCCAGUCCAGCUGGAUUAGAACCAAGAACAAAGACCUGGCCAAUCCCAGUGGGAUCCUCCAGGGUCUCCCCAGCCAGAUCAAAGUGGGUCGCUGGUCCCGGCACUCCAGGAUUGUCUCAGCGAAUCGGGCCUUGUUUGAGGGCACUGGAUCGGAUGUGACUGGCAUCGGGCUCUUCGAGGCCGGUCCAGUGGUGGACCCGGCACUGAUGGAGAACUCAGAGCGGAUCUUAAGUAAGGUCCAAACCCUGGCCCGGAUGUACAGCGCCAAGGCCAGCACCAUGAAGGUCCCGCUGCAUCAGAAACGGGCCUGUGCUGGUCGAAAUCAAACAUCAGCCUCAGCUAGGCCAAGCGAACCAGCUCAGAACCAAACCAAUAUCCAGACUCAGACACAGACCCAAACCGAGUACCAGGAACAAACGCGACACCAGAGCCAAUAUCAGAGCAGCACGAAAACCAGUAGACAGGGAAAAUAUGACAAAUGUGAAACAAAAACAUUCACCGAGACCAAAUUAUCUCACAGUCAGACUCACGCAGAGGCAAAACAUCGAUCAAAGACCCAGACACAGACCAAAUAUGAAACACAAACUCACUCUGAGACCAAGCUUCAGAGCCUAAUGGUCACACAAACCAGGCAGCAAAAGCAGAUCCAAACCAGAAGCCAGACAUGGAGUCAGACCCAGACCCAUUACCAAACUCAGACCCAAACCAAAGCUUACAGCCAGGACCAAACCCAAACUGCGAGCCAGCACCAGCAGGACCAGAGGAUCCAGGAGGAGGAGAAGAUGGAGGAGACAGUGAUAAAAAGAGCAGAGAGCCUGACAAAUGAUAUCCAGGAGAUGGUAGUAGUACCCUGUGAACCUCUGCUGUUUGGUCAUGUGUUUGUCAGAGAGCAGCUUUCCCCUCCCCAUCACCACCAGACAAGUGGAUACACCUUCUCCCGGCCCAGGGACUUUAUCUCUGCCCUGUCCCAAGAAAGAGAUUCCAUUCAGGCCAGUCAAUCCGGAUCCGAAGCCUCCUUGAGUUCUGCCACAUCGAGGGAAAAUCUUGCCACCUUGCCCAGGGAUCAGUUAUCCAGUCUAGCCAAGGAUAAGAGCUACAGCCCCGGGUUCGCCUCCGCUGACAUUCCCCUGACCUCUGCACCAUCCAGAGAUCAACUCCAGACACGACCUGAGGAUCAGAGCUCGAGUCACGGCUGCUCUUCUAGCGGCAGCCCCCAGACGUCUGCCAGGUCUCUGGAUCAGGGCUCCACUGUGUUCAGGAACUGCUCCUCUACUUUACCCACAUACAGAAGCUCGAACCUGGAAAACAGCUCCACCAGCAGUGCUCUGUCCUCUGAGAUUGCCAAAUAUUCACACUCAGGUGUCCAAAGGCCAGAGCAGAAGGCAGGAGGGGAGGAGGAAGAGGAGGAGGAGGCGGUGAAGCGUAACGGGGAGGUGCAUUCAAAUACUGAAGAGAAAAGAGUGAGGCCAGAGCCCGAUGCUGCUGUUCGUGCCUUGUACUCAGUGAGAGAAGACUCAAUGUCUGUAACCACUGUCACCCAGUCAGUACACGGCACCCCACGAUGGACGAUAUCUAGAGGGACAGCGGAACAUAGAGAUGGACUGGAUGAAUGUCUGCAAGAUUUACAAGAUCUACAAUUUGGGCAAGAUGUGCGAGAUACACAACAACCUGAGUACAAGUGUUCCACAGGAUACAACGACAAUGCCAAUAAGCCAACCAAAGAUGUACAAGCUAUGCCCUCUACACAAAGUAUUCAUGCAGGACCUGAAUACAAAAUUUCAGCAGGACACAGAGAAGGAGAGGUAGUAUUGAUGGUGGUAUCCGCACAGUCCCAGGCUCCAACAGAGUACCACAGUGCUACAGUGUCAGAUCCAGGCCUGUCCAGAGACGAAGCACCUUACCUAGGGGAGGGGGGUGUCAUGGCCCCACGCAUCUCUGGAGGUCCACAGAAAGUUGAACCCCCAAAAGAAGAGAUGAAGUUCAGUGAGACCGAGGGCCAUGAGCUUGAUUCAUUGUCAGAAAGAAAAAUGUCCCUUCGAGGUUCAACGAUAUGUUCAGAAGAGCCACUUAAUUAUGAAUCCUCAGGAGCACUUCGACUACCCCCUACUCAGCCCUUACCCAUGACCUCUGACCUCCCAGCAGCUUGCCACACAGUCACUGAGGCACCAGAGGGUUAUAAAGCGAGAGAGGAGCUCUCUAUGUCCUGCCCAUGGUCAUCACUUUGCAGCCCGGAUAGCAUUGCCAGUGCCCGUCCUCCAUCGGUGCAAUCUGUGGACUGUUUACCAACAUUCACCAGCCAGAGGCCUGCAGAUCUUCCCACUGCUAUGGGCAAACGGGCUCUGUCUAACACCUGGAACGUAACAAACACCACUUCCUAUGACUAUAGCUCCAGAGAACCAGACCACCAAGACUCAGGAUGCCUCAUCACCUCGGAGACCACCAACCUGGUGGAGAGCCCUAACCCUGCCUUCGAAACCCCUGGCCAGGCUUCAGAACUCACCAUGCCCCCCUCAGCCUUCAGACCCAGCCUCAAACAACACUCCCCGUCCCCUGUACCGGCAUGUUUCAACUCCUCCGUCCGAGCACCUCCCUGCUCCUCACCAUUCAGGGCUAUUUCAGGGUCUUCUCCCACCCCUUCUUCUCCUGGAGGCUUCACCUCCCCAACCACCACUCAUAGGUCUCUUCCUUGUUUCUCCCAUACUCCCUCUUCUGGAAGGACUUCAUCCAUAAGAGCUGCCCCUCCCUCCUCUCCCACCCCCUCCUCAGCUUUCACUCACUCUUCUGAGAGGUCUUCGUCUAUAAGAGCCGGUCCUCCCUCCUCUCCCACACCAUCCUCUUCCCUCCGUACUGCUUCUGCCUCCUCUCCUACCCCGUCCUCUGCAUUCACCAGAUCUUUAGCUGCUUCCUGUAUCAGCCAGUCCAUCAGCCAGAGUAUGGCAAAAAAGAACACUUCUCGCCAACAGGCCCCACCCCCAACAACAGGAAACCAGGGUCCUUCCGCUUCCCUGUCCCCAUCUUCCUCCUUGCCAUCUUCCUCCCACCUACGACUGCGCUCCCCUUCACCUAAAAUCCCUCCUAUCCAGCAGGGCUCCAGUUCGCCUGCUCAUACCCAGUCAGGGUGCCCAAAAGAAGGGUACCAACAUCCAAGGUGUCCCCCAACCUCUCUCCGGUACUCCUCUCCCUCUCCAGUGCAAUCACCUGCUCCCUCUCGCUCCCAGCGUUCUCCCUCUCCCUCAGUGAACCUCUCCCAUUAUCAGCUUCCCUCCUCCUCUUCCUCACCAUCUCUCCUUCGCUCCCAGUCGGUCCCCACAUCCAACUCAUCACAGUUUAUGAACAACCUCAACACCAACAACAACAACAACAUUAACUGCAGCCUAGCUAGCAUAAACAGCAGUAAUGUUAACAGUGCCCUCAGUAAUGGGAACUGGUCCAUCAGUCAGCAGAGGACAUCAUUAGUUAACAGCAGUGCUAAUGCCAUAACCACCCAGCAAUCCCAUGAUGUUCUCUGGUCAGGGUCUCACAACCGAGUUGCACGGCCUUUCUCUGCAUCCGAACCCAGCUCACGUGUUCAGUCCCCAUCUCCGUCCCCCUCCCCAUCUCCUGCCUCAUUCAGCCGCCUCUGCUCUCCACCUCCUCAACAUAAUUACUCCUCUCCUAUGGCGAAUAAGCCCCCUAACCCUAGGAGUGGAAGGUUAGGAGGUGCAAGUCCCCAUAAUCCACUGGGUCUCACCUUGGAGCUGCCCCGGUUCUCCUCAAUGAACUUAGCCACGGGGUCCUCUUCCUCGUGUCUAAGCCCUCGUAUCCUCUCCCCGCCUCCUAUAGGUGUGUCAGUGAAUGUUUGGACAAAUAACGUUGCUGCUCCUCAACCUCGAAACCCCCGACUCACCUGCUCCUCUCCCUCCCCCUCCGUCUCCUCCUCCCUGGCUUCACCAACAUUUGACAACACCUCAAUAUCUUUCCCCACCUCAUCUUCUUCUUCUGUCCUUCUACGAGGCUCCAGAGCCUCUUCCCCUUCUGCUUCCUGUCCUCCCACCUCCACCUGUUCCCAAAAUGUCUCCCAGAACCUCCGUAGACCCCGAGGAAGCAGCCUGACUUUCUCCUCCAACCUGGCAGACAGACCCCCGAGCCCGGCCCGGAGCAACGCAAGUGGACUGCGACGAUCCUGGGCAGAGAGCAGCCGCAGGUCUCUUUGCUUUGGUGCCAGCAGUGGAGGGUCUUUUGAUCAGCAGGAAUCCGGUCUAACUAGCCCCAAAAGUGGAUGGUCCUCAUACAGCAGCUCGCCGUCCUGCCUGAGCCCCCGGGGCAGCCUCCAGUCCCCCCUAUUGCCCAGCAGGCUUACCCCAGGGAAGGGUACCCUCACUGGACAGCAUUUUACCAGCGUUCCCUGGCCAGAUGUACGGGAGCUCCUGACCAAAUACGACGGAGCUGACAGCCCCGAUAGGAGCCCUGCUUCUACCAUCAUUGUCUCCUCUCCUUCUGCUCUUUCCGCAUCCUCUCACACCAUCAUUGCCUCCCCUGAUUCUCUCUCCUCACCAUCAGGCACCCAGACAGAAUGGGGGGACCCAGAGCUCGAAGAGGGAAACUGUCGAAGCCAGCUAAUCUGUGCCUAUGUUGCCCGGCCCUCGUCAGUACAAAACCCUGCCUCUUCAUGCCUGGUCCUCUCCUCUCCAGGCAUGACAUUCCCCCCACCUCCCCAUUACCAUCACCAAAACCAUCAACCCCAAGCCAAACCCCAACCUCAAGGCCAAAAGGCCACAUCUCCACUUUCCUUGACCCCAUCCCCCUUGUCCACAAACCCUUCACCUUUAUCCUCUGACCACCCAACCCCCACCAAACCAGGUAACCAGAAGACCAGUUAUGCCACCACGGUCAACCUCCAGAUUGCUGGUAGUGGCAGAAUAACCUCCUUCAGCACUGCCCAGGUCAGCCUAACCCAAACCCUGCAGACCGGUGCCGGAGGCCCUGGACAAGGGCAGGGGCCUAGGAGAGUGAGCAUCAAUGGACUUUCACACCUUCCUCCUCCUUCUCCUGUUCCCCAUAAUUGUAAGAGAUCAUGAAAAAAAAGUGGAUGAGGUGAACUGAGAGGAAAAACACUUGAACAAGAGGAGGUAUUGAAAAGGAGCCUUAGAGGUAUUUCUGUUUGUAUAGGAAGACAAACAUGCUCUGAAGCAGCCCUCCCUAGUCAGGACAUAACAUUCAGAAUCAAACCAACUUUGUGUAACUGCUGGUUUUAAAUCACUGGUCCAGACAUGCAGCACUGUUUCCUCAGCUGCACUCAAACUCUCAACCCUCCACUUGAGUUGAAAGCGCUUUGUAAUCCCAUCCACUGCUUGAAAGUGAUCCUUCUAAGUGUCAAAGUAAGGGGAGCUUCUGUUUAAUGGUGACCUUAUAUCUAAAAGACAUAUCAAGCAGUAUCAUGUCUGUUAAGCAUGGAUUUAAAGACUUUCCUCUUGACCCAUUGGGAUGUAUGAGGUCAUCUGCGGUGGAGACCCUGACUUCAGUUCCCACUGAUGGCAAACACGUCGGUGCCUUCCAUGUCAUUGUUAGUAUGACAGUGUUUAUUCAGGAUGCUAAUGGAGUUGAUAACAAUGUAAAAACUAAAAAAUAUGUGGCUGUAAACAGAGGACCCCCCUGGUCACCCACUCAGUUUUGCUGGAUUAGUGCUCAAAAUCCUUACUAUCCACUCCAGGAUGUGAUGCAGUUACAUCCAACCUCAGACUCAUCUGUCUUAAAAUGGGAUUUAACUCCUAGACAAACAUUUUUGUCAACCUGAAAGCUUUUCGAUGGCCAGUUAGCUUUCUGAAUGGCUCUGGACUCUUCUUUUGGACACAGUGACUCGGAUGGGCUCUGUCACAAUAUUCAUUUUGGACAUUUCGAUAAAAGUUCUCUCAGUAACUUGAAUUUGAAUCAUAAGGAGUCACAUGAAUUGAAACACAUCUGUCAUGAUUAACCAAAACAGCCCAAACACACAGUGAAAAUCUAGCCUUCAGCCAGUGUUGUAUGCAAUCACAGUUGCUUCAUGUAUUAUUAUUUUUAUUAUGUUGUUUGUUCGUUUGUUUUAAUAUUCUGUUAAAUAUACAGCAGUGUCUGGCUAUCCAAAACCAGUGUUUAAGUUUGGCAUGGUGAUAACUGUGGUUAUUAAUAAUCUAUCUUUUUAAUCUUUUUUAUUCCUCUUUAU